GGUCCCGUGCACAGCCAGCGCACCCCGCAGUUGACUGCCCGGACAGCCGGGUUUGGAGGGGGGUUGUGGGGGAGGGAUGACACGGGUGCAGCCUUCCCGGGCGCAGAUUUCACCCUGAAGAUCUCCGGAGGCCACGGAAGGAGGCGGGGAGGAAGCCGAGCACUCCCCACAAGUCCCAUCCUCCGUGGGAGCCCUCUCCAGCAUGAAUUAGGCGCCGGCGGUACACCCGGAAGCCCUCGGCCGGAGCUCUUUGAGUCUUCCCCUCAGCUCUUUGCGGCAGACACUCCAACAAUGUCUUGUUUUCCAGAGGGAAGCCCCGGGCCAACAUUCCCCACUUCCCAACAACUUGCCAUACACCAGUAACAUCCCUCGCUCCGGGAGUCCUGGCUCCGGACUUAGGGUGCUGGGAGGGAGCCAAGCUGGGGGAGGAAAUCCGAGGGGCUGGAGAUGCCGGGGACAGAAAUCGUGACUGACAGGAAGCAAAACCCACCGUGAUCCUGAAACCAAGGCGAAGGAAUGAGUUGGUUGAAUUAAUGAACUCAUAAUUUUUCUCAGGGCCACGUUACAGCUGCCCAGCUCCCAUGAUGAUUGUAUUUUGAUUUGUAUCGCAUUUGUUUGCUUCUUUUGGUUUGUUUGUUUUCCUGCUUGAUUCAAGGUCUGUGCCGAAGUUGUACCAUGCAGAACCAUGUUGACAGCUGGCUAUUUUCCCACAUCACAACCCUCCGGCACUCUCUCCUCCACACGGGCAAACAGGACUAAACUAGCUGAGCGAAUUGCCACAGCACAAUCCUCAUCUCAGUAGUGUUUGACCACAGCCUGAUUAUUUCAGAAAGGCAUCACUCCACCCUGUUUCAAUCUCUUUGCCCUCUUCGAUGCCCAGGCCGGAGUCUGGCUGCCCCCAAACCACACCCUGGAUGUGUCCAGAGACACAAAUAUGACUCUGUUAUUCCGAAUGAGAUUUUAUUUCCGGAACUGGCAUGGCUUGAAUUCUCAGGAACCUGCUGUGUACCGCUGUGGAUUCCCGGGGGCUGAAGCACCUCCAGAACAGGCAGAGCAGGGGGUACAACUCUUGGAUUCAGCCUCAUUUGAGUACCUCUUUGAGCAGGGCAAGCAUGAGUUUGUGAAUGACAUAGUCUCCCUGUGGGAGCUGACAAGUGAAGAAGAGAUUCACCACUUUAAAAAUGAGAGCUUGGGCAUGGCCUUUCUGCACCUCUGCCAUCUCUCCCUCUGCCGUGGCGUUCCUCUGGAGGACGUGGCCAAGGAGAUCAGCUUCAAGGACUGCAUCCCACGCUCCUUCCGCCAGCAGAUCCGCCAGCACAAUGCGCUGACCAGGCUGCGCCUGCGCAACCUGUUCCGUCGCUUUGUGCGCGCCUUCCAGCCCCGCCAGCUGUCUGCGCACGCGGUUAUGGUCAAGUACCUGGCCACCCUGGAGCGCCUGGCACCCCGCUUCGGCGCCGAGCGCCUGCCUGCCCGCCACCUGCAGCUGCAGGCCCAGGCCCCGGGGGCGCCCUGCUACACCCAAGACGGCAGCCAGGCCUCCAGGGACUCGGACCCUGAGUCAGCCCUGGGACCCCCCACCCAUGAGGUGCUGGUGACUGGCACGGGGGGCAUCCAGUGGCGGCCAGUGCAGGACAAGGUGCUGGGCUCCCAGGAUUCCAAGGGUGGCAAUGGUGACAGCAGGAACCUCCAGGGCCGCUUGUCCCGGAAGAAAGGCAAGGCCCACCAGGCAGGAGAGCAGGUGGUGGGCAGGCCCUGGGAGCCACCCUGGACCUACUUCUGCGAUUUCCAAGACAUUUCCCAUGUGGUACUGAAAGACAGCCGCGUCAGCAUCCACCGGCAGGACAACCAAUGCCUGGAGCUGAGCCUACUUUCCCGUGCCAGCGCCUUGUCCUUUGUGGCUCUGGUGGAUGGCUACUUCCGCCUGACAGCAGACUCCAGCCACUACCUGUGCCAUGAGGUGGCACCGCCUCGGCUGGUGAUGAGCAUCCAGGAUGGCAUCCACGGACCGCUGCUGGAUCCAUUUGUGCGAGCCAAGCUGCGGCCGGAGGAUGGGCUGUAUCUCAUUCACUGGAGUACUAACCACCUCUACCGCCUCCUCCUCACAGUGGCCCAGCGUGACUCGGCACCCGGGGUGCAGAGCUUGCGCCUCCGGAAGUUCCCCAUCCUGCAAGAGGCUGGGACCUUUGUGAUGGAGGGCUGGGGCCGCUCCUUUGCCAGCAUCAGGGAGCUGCGGAUGGCUCUGCAGGGCUGUGCCCUGCGGGCUGGUGAGGAUUGUUUCCCGCUGCGCCGCUGCUGCCUGCCCCGACCUGGAGAAAUCUCCAACCUCCUCAUCAUGCGGGGGUCACGGGCCAGCAGCCAGCCGCUUCAUCUCAGCCAGCUCAGCUUCCACAGGAUCCAUCAGGAUGACAUCACCCAGCUCUCCCACCUGGGCCAGGGUACAAGGACCAACGUAUACGAGGGCCUCCUACAUGUGGGGAGCCCUGAGGAGGAGGAGGAGGAGGAGGAGGAAGACAAAGUGGACAGUGGGAUCUCCCUGGAGCCAUGUGGGAGCAGGAGCCGUGGGCAGGAGCUACGGGUGGUGCUUAAAGUACUGGACCCCAGUCACCAUGACAUCGCCAUGGCGUUCUACGAGACUGCCAGCCUCAUGAGCCAGGUCUCGCAUGCACAUCUGGCCUUCGUGCACGGCGUGUGUGUGCGUGGCUCCGAGAACAUCAUGGUGACAGAGUUUGUGGAACAUGGACCCCUGGACGUGUGGCUGCGGCGAGAGCGGGGUCAUGUGCCCAUGACCUGGAAGGUGGUGGUGGCCCAGCAGCUGGCCAGCGCCCUCAGCUACAUGGAAGACAAGAGCCUGGUUCAUGGUAAUGUGUGUGGUCGAAACGUCUUGCUAGCCCGGCCAGGGCUGGCAGAGGGCACCAGCCCAUUCAUCAAGUUGAGCGAUCCUGGCGUUGGCCUGGGGGCCCUCUCCAGGGAAGAGCGCGUUGAGCGCAUCCCCUGGACGGCUCCUGAGUGCCUGACUGGUGGGGCCAGCAGCCUGAGUACCGCGGCUGACAAGUGGGGGUUUGGCGCCACUCUGCUUGAGAUCUGCUUUGAUGGGGAGGCCCCCCUCCAGGGCCGUGGCCCAUCCGAGAAAGAGCGUUUCUACCAGAAGCAGCACCAGCUGCCGGAGCCCUCAUGCCCUGAGCUCGCCAUGCUCACGAGCCAGUGCCUGACCUACGAGCCUGCGCAGCGGCCGUCCUUCCGCACCAUCCUGCGCGACCUCACACGGCUGCAGCCUCACAAUCUAGUGGAUAUCUCUACUGUGAACCCCGACUCGCCUGCCUCUGACCCCACGGUUUUCCACAAGCGGUAUUUGAAAAAGAUUCGGGAUCUGGGCGAGGGGCACUUUGGCAAGGUCAGCCUGUACUGCUACGACCCCACCAACGAUGGUACUGGGGAGAUGGUGGCGGUGAAGGCCCUCAAGUCUGGUUGCGGCCCCCAGCUCCAUUCUGGCUGGAGGCGGGAAAUUGACAUCCUGCGCACACUGUACCACGAGCACAUUGUCAAGUACAAGGGCUGCUGCGAGGACCAAGGCGAGAAGUCGGUGCAGCUGGUCAUGGAGUACGUGCCCCUGGGUAGCCUCCGGGACUACCUGCCCCGGCACAGCGUGGGGCUGGCUCAGCUGUUGCUCUUCGCCCAGCAGAUCUGCCAGGGCAUGGCCUACCUGCACGCCCAGCACUACAUCCACCGAGAUCUAGCCGCGCGCAACGUGCUGCUGGACAACGACAGGCUGGUCAAGAUCGGGGACUUUGGCCUAGCCAAGGCCGUGCCUGAAGGCCAUGAGUACUACCGCGUGCGCGAGGACGGGGACAGCCCCGUGUUCUGGUAUGCCCCAGAGUGCUUGAAGGAGUGUAAGUUCUACUAUGCAUCUGAUGUCUGGUCCUUUGGGGUGACCCUCUACGAGCUGCUGACACACUGUGACUCUAGCCAGAGCCCCCCUUCGAAAUUCAUCGAGCUCAUAGGCCUCACCCAGGGCCAGAUGACGGUGCUGAGACUCACCGAGUUGCUGGAGCGAGGAGAGAGGCUGCCGAGGCCCGACAAAUGCCCCAGUGAGGUCUAUCUCCUCAUGAAAAACUGCUGGGAAGUGGAGGCCUCCUACCGUCCUACCUUCCAGAACCUCAUCCCCGUCCUCAAGAUGGCCCACGACAAGUACCAGGCCCAGGCCCCGUCGGUGUUCAGUGUGUGCUGAAGUGCCAGGACGGGUCAGAGCCCAGGGGUGCCCCCCCGCCCCAGGACCCGGGCCUUCUGUCUGGAGCCCUCCACUUUGCUGGUCCUGGGGCUUAAACACGUG